AUGUCAUAUACAACGCGUAGUUUACCACUAAAUAUUGGUAAAAUUCCUCGAAUUCAAAAACAGCCAUUACCACUUGAUCAAGCUAAGGCUGCUAAAUCAACAAAAAUUUCUUUAGUGGCAAAUAGUUUGCCACGAAAUGAUUAUUUAAAGAUCUUCAAAGGUCUUACCGUUUUAUUCAUUGGUGACAAUACAAUUCGUACUCUCUAUCGAGAUCUUUGUUCGGUUCUUCAGUAUGAUCGAUUACUUACCGCUGAUGAGACCGCACGUCCACAUGGAGAUUAUCAUCUAAUCGAAAAUGAGCAUGUUCUCGUAAAAGAAGGAAAGCUCAAGACAGAUGAGUAUCGUGAUAUUAAAGAAUUCGUUCUUACAGAGAAUUCUACUCAUUUAAUAUAUAUUUACAUUGCAACAAUUUUCAAUGGUAUUCCUCGAUUUAAUCUUGAAUAUUUAAAAACUAUCAAUCAACAAUCAUCUAUCGAUAUGAUUGUAUUUUGUUCAUAUGGAAAUGAUUUUACUAAAGCAAAAAUCCAGUCUUCUAGAAUGAAAUCAAACGCUUAUUUUGAGAAAUAUCUCGUUGAGUUAAGUCACUUUUUGAAUUACUUAAAAAAUUUUUGUCGUGUUCCAAGUAAAACUCAACAUUUUUUCUGGUUCACACCUCUUCCACAACCGUUUCAUGCAUCGCAAAUUAAAGAGGAACAAUUUGAACGAUUUCUCAAAGUUACUACAGAUCUUAUUAUUAAAACAGAUGAUUUCAUUUCAUUCGAUCUUUAUGACAUUUGGAAACGUCGCAAGGAUUUGACCGUUCCUCAAAACGGAUACCUUUCGUUACAUGGAAUUCGUGAAGUUAAUGAUUGCUUUGCACGAUUUUUUGCAAAUAAAGUUAAUCGACCUUUUACAUCUUCAAUUCCACCUUCGAUAACUCCACUAAGUCAUCUAAAUGAUAAGCCAUCUUAUCGUAGAGAAUGGCCAAAACCAACUUCACAAACAUCAACAAAAUCAGAUCGAUAUCAUCCAUAUAGUCGUUAA